AUGGUGGCCACAUCGGACUGCGCUGAAAAAUCCAGACCAGGAAACAAGGUAUCCAAACCUGUCAUGGAAAAGAAGAGAAGAGCUCGAAUAAAUCAGUGUUUGGACCAACUGAAGUCUCUUCUGGAGAGCUACUACAGCACCAGUAUUCGGAAGCGCAAACUGGAAAAAGCAGACAUCUUGGAGCUCACCGUGAAACAUCUAAGGAACAUCCAAAAGAUCCAAAGCUUCACCGCGGCAGCAUCCGACUUUUCUGAUUACAACACCGGUUUCCGCAGCUGCCUUGCAAACGUCAACCAGUACCUGCUGACGGCAGAAGGCCUGACCGGGAGCGAUCACUGGAUGCUGUCGCAGCUCUCCAGCAGACUGUGCCGCUCUCGGAGGAGAGCCGCCGCCUUCAGCACCAUGGACAGCGGCCGGGACCGGGAGGAGGCGCCGGCCGAGGCGCAGCGGCUCCCCUCAUCCACAGACCGGCUCAAGGACGGAAACACGCCCCAGUCCGCUCCUCCGAAGCUCCAAAAUACAUCCACACCUGUUUUACUACGGAGAGAAGACACAUGCCAGCCAUCUGGAGCCGUACAGACUGGACUCAGCUCGGCACCUGCAGGAAACACCACUGAGAAGAACUCCAGUCCGAAAAACUUUGACUUUCACAGCCACAGACAUGAAGCUGUAAAUACUCCGCAGAGCGUGUGGAGGCCUUGGUAG